UUGAAUUGUGACAUCGUGAACAAUCCGCAUUUGACUUCCCUUCCUCGUCCAAUUCGAUCCCUCAAACCCACCCGUUAACCACCCGACGCCGACGGUCGCCCAACCCUAGAAAAUGGCGAAGAAACCGAAGACCCGUCUGCUCUCCGUGCGCCUCUUAUCCAUGGCCAUGACCGGUUUCUUCUACACAUUCUCCCGCCCGCGAACAUCACGGCCUAUGAGCAUGCUGAAAUACGACCCUAUCGUUCGGAAAAAGGUGCUCUUCCUCGAACAGAAGCGGAAAGGAAAAUAAACAAGUCAAUUAAACCUCCGUCUUAAUAUACGAAGCUUCCCUUUUCUACGACGAGUGAUGAAGCCUCGAAUAUCAUGCGCCCAUCCUACGGAGCCGCGACCCUCCGGCCGCUUCAAAGAUUUAGAUGCGUAGAAGGAUUGGUCUAAACAGACUCUUUGCGAACAUCUCCAAGGGUUGUAUGUAUAUAUAUCUGUACAGUACUCGAGCGAGAGCUAUUAUAUUAUGGCCUCUACAGAUAUUCACCGUAUAUUAGGCGGCGCAUAUCAAGGAAAGUAAAAUAUUCAUUACUACAUUAAGCUUAGCCGCCGCCCUUCAAAGGACCAAAUUGAAGCUCUGCUGUGA